AUGUCUACAGAUAUUCUUAAGCUUGCCACACGAUAUUCACUCUAUAGUGGUUGUAUUUCAUUUACUUUCGGAAUCAUUGGUAAUAUUCUCAAUAUUCUUGUUUUUACUCAGUUAAAACUCUUUCGAGAUAACCGAUGUGCUUUCUAUAUAAUGGUUGAAUCGAUUAACAACUUUAUUUAUCAAUUUGUAACUAUUACUGUAACAAUUUUAACAUUAACAUAUGGUAACGAUGCAACAGGACGAUCUCUCGGUUGA